GCUAACUCGAGCUGCCCAAACCAGGCGUUGUCGGUGCGAGCCGUCCCGGGCGCGGCAGGGCAGCCACGGACAGCCGUACGCUACCGCACCUGGGGCCCAGCUUGGAUCAAACCGCUUGGGGCAGCCCCAGCCCUGCCGACUCGUCGAGCUAUAGCGCAGCGUAGGGGAUGGCGCCCGUCCGCUACCGCGCGCUGCCCGAGCCCGUCACGCUCCUGCCGCCCCAGACGAGUUCGCGACUCGCGCCGCCGCCGACCUGCGUCGCGCUGAGUGGAGACGGCACGCGCGCCGCGGUCGGCGUCGGGAGUUCACUAUAUGUGCUCGACCUCACGAAGGAAGACAAAAGCGCGUCGCAAGCGAAAGAGUUAUUCCGAAAAGACCUCCCCGACAAGCUCCACUGCGUGGCCUUCAGCGCCGACGAUUCGAUAAUUGCGGCGGGCGACGCCUUCGGGCGGUGCCACGUCUUCCACGGGCACCACGGCAAUUCAGUAAAUGUCUUUCCCCACGUGCGGCCGGAGCGGCUCCUGAACAAGAGCGACGACGAUUUGGCGCUGAUGGAGCUCGCCGUGAAUGGAUUGGCCUUUUCGAGCGAUACGCUCGCGACGUGCGGCGCCGACGGCGGCGUGUCGCUCUGGAGAUUAGCAUGCGGGACGCGGCAGCGGGAGCUGUACGCCGAGCUUCUAGACGACCCGGACGACGACGAGAGGAGCGAGGCGGACAAGGCGAGAGAUCGAAGGGUGCUCGGCUGGCUCUCGCCCGAGAUGCGGACGAUGCUGAAACCGGCCCCCGCGCCGGCCGGGUACAUCUGCGCCUGCUUCUGCGGCGAUAAUUCUUUAGUGGUAGGAGGCGAGCGCGACGAGUUGCAUGUGUGGGUGAGCACGGGCGAGUGGGCCGCGACACCACCAGAACCCUCCAAACAGUUAAAGGGCCACGACCAGUGGGUCGUGUCCAUAUCUUACAAUAAUGAAACGCUGGCCUCGCUCGACGUCGCCGGGUUGCUCAUCCUGUGGAAGGAUUUUGUACAGACGAAGCAGUUAUGUGUCGGCGCGACGGGCGCGUCCGUACACUUGAGCGAGAAAUGGCUGAUCACGGGCGGCGAUUCUAUGGUAAAGGUCUGGGACCUUCUGUCAUUCACGUGCCGCCAGUCGUUCAAGGCGCACGAGCUGCAGAUUAUCAAAACGGCCGUGGCCUUCGAUAAGGAGGGCGAAGGGUUUCAAGUAGCGACGCUCGGCGGCGACCGGCGGACGCUGCUCUGGCGCAUGGACCAAGAAGCCUUGUGCGGCGAAUGCGUCUUGAUGGGGUUGAGUGGUCACGCGUGGAGGGACGACCCCGAGGCCGAGGUCGACGACGUGUGUGUCGUCGGUAGCAAGCUCGUGACGACGGACCGCGCGAAAUUAAGGCUGCGUGUGUUCGAUGGGGACGGCCGUUCUGGCAAAACAUGUACGAACGAGAAGACGGGUUCAACGAGACCGCCAUCAAGAUUUGAAGUGAUAGCGUCGAAUAACGAGACGCUCGUCACGAUCUGCGAAGAGGGGCGGUGCAGCACGUGGACGGUCGAGGACGACUUCACGCUGACAAGGUCCUGGGCCUACCACGGCGACCUGAGGCCGCGGAGUGUGUGCGCGACGUGGACCAACGGUCCGGUCUGCUCGUGCGACGUCGCCGGCAAAUUGAUAGUUGUCGAUCCAUCGACGGGAGGCUUGCUGAACGACUUUGAUGGGUUUGAGAGUAAUGACGGCGGCUGGGCCUACGCUGAUUUAGGGGGUAUUGACGAUGAACGGAGCUGGUGCCUCUGCUCUCAUAGAGGGACGCGACUCGUGGCCUUCGACCCGGAGGAGAACGAGGCUUAUGAUCUCGUGGAGCUGCCGGGCCACUGCGGGACCAUACAAAAGGUGGACUGCUGCGGCGUGCCCUCGGUGUCCUUUUUCGAAGAGAAGCAGUUGAGGGUAGUGGCCUUGGGGAGCGGCGGCGUGGCCUUCGCCUGGGCGCCCACGGCCGAGGUCGAUGGCCUGAAGACGCGGGGCGGCCUCGUCGAGCUCGCGCUGCCGCCCGGGGUGCACGAUGGUUCAGGAAUCUCGGACCACUCGGGCCACGCCGCGGACCGCGCCGUGCAGCGAGUGAUAGAUGCCGUGAAGGAUCGGCGGCAGGGCGUGCACCGCGCGCACGUGCAGCGCAUGGAGCGGGCGGCCGAGAAGCGGAAGCCCCGGCGGCGCGUGGAUUUGAUCGGUGUUUCCAGUUUUGUGCACCACGCGAGGCACUGCGUGCUGGGCUGGUCGCAGCGGCGCGUCGGCGUGUGGUUUGAUGAUGAUAGAAAAGAUAAGGACCGGGCGACGACGCAGCGAAUUAAAUAUAGACUGCGCCUCGUCGCGGACUUUGAUGCAAGGACGCGGAUCCAGCACGCCUACGUGCUUCAGUCGAAAUUGUACGUCGUGACGCGACGGGGCUGGCUGCACCGCAUCGACGUCGGCGAGGUGUUAGAUGACGGUUUACCGGUGGACGAGGCGGUGCUCCAGAGGCGCCGGUCGUCGAUGAUGGUGCGCGGGCGCCUGUCCGGCCGCCAGGUCGCGUGGGAGGAGCUCGAGGAGCCGAGCUCGCACGACGACGUGAACGAAGGCGACGCGUCGCCGCCGAAAGUCAACAGCAACCUCAGCUCGCUCAUGCGCUUCUCGGAGAAGCGGCGCGAGACGCGCCAGGCGGACUUCGCGUCCAUCGCGCGGGCCCGCGCGACGCGGCGGUCGAUCAAGCCCGGCCGGCCCUCGGUGCUGCGAAGAGGCGUCCAGCAGGGGCGCCUCGCCGUGGCGAAUGCGCCCGUGGCGCGCACGGGUGCUCAGGUCGCGCCGCGCGCGCGGCGCGAGUCCGCCGUCAUCCGGGCGGGGCGCCUCGCGGACGAGGCGCUCGGGCGCGGGCCGGCGCUCGAGGAGAUCGGCGAGGGGAGCGAGUCAGAGGAGGACUAA